AUAUUUUAUUAUAAUAAAUCCACAACAAUUCGUAUAGUCUAGCAGUACUAUUUAAUAUUGUUUGUAAGUUUUUGUGCACAUAAUAGUAUUCUGAGCGCAUCGGGGUUUCAAAUAUAACCUCUAAACAUUUUUUUCUCAAAAAUAUUUCAAUUUGGUUCAAGAACGAGACCUGAAAAUGACUGAAACACUCACAGUGACUUUUUCGGGCCCCGCAUUUUCAUUUCUUCUCCGUGACAAUACAAAAAGUGAAUAUUGUCAAGUGGGGUUUUUAUUGGGUGAAAUUAUAGAAAAGGAAACAAAAACAAUAACAGACAACGACUUGAGACAAGUUCACAUUUCGAGAGAAAUCCGUUUCAAUGGGUCCAUUCCAUGGCCCGAUCCUUGCUACUUUCAUAACCAAGCUGGUAAAGUGAACGCGGAAAAAAUCAAAAACUUCCUCGGUGACUUAACCCCACGUGUGUUGGCGUGGUACAAAUACAAACAUGCCUCGGGCUUUGAUUUCACAUUUCGCGACCGUAUUUUGCAUAAACAGUUCAUUACUCUAUUCAAUGUGCCCCCAGAGUUCUUCACGUGUUGUCUGUUGAUAAAAGACAGCUCUGAGAAUAAGUCGACGCAUUCGUGGAGACAGACUUUUGUGCGGUAUUGUAAUUAUGACUUGGGACAUUUGCGUUUCCGCAUUGAAAACUUGAGUGAUCCCAAUAACACCUACAAGAGUCCUAGACCCUUAUCUCACAUUGUCGUGAAGAUUAUUAAUGAGGUGAAAAGUAAAGGGGAGGACACUCAAGGCAAUAGUAUGAUAUCUAGGAUUCAAAAUGCCGUACAAAAACAUACAUCAAGUCUCAUUGAUCAUUUAGCAGAAGCUGAAAAGCGAGUAUUUGAAUUGGAGAAAGAAUAUAAGAGGCUGAAAGCAGAGAAAAACAGAAAAUUGGACGCAGACGACAAAGUUAAGGAGUCAAAUGGAUGUGGGAAUAUAGACUCUGAACCAACUAACACCGUUAAUAAAACGAAAGAAAUACAGAAGAGCCCAAUUUUUGGGAAUGCUGAACAAAAUGCUACGUCUAGUCCUUCACCAAAAGGUGCAAGAGGUAGAGGUGGAAAAAGGGGUACCGGGUCCUCGCAGAAGGGCUGCCAUGAAAUGGUAACUAGACAUAAAAAAAACUAAAACUAAUUUUGUUACGUAAGUAUUUUUCUGAAUAAAGUUGUUACGUUUUUUUAAAUAACAAUUAAGUUGUUUGUGACAAAAAAAAUGGAAUAAAACACCCAGUAAAUAAAAAAA